AUGCCGACGCUCGAAAUCAACAAUUUCAAUAUUGUCUGCUCCGUUCUAGGAGGGUUUAUAACCCUCUUUGGGCUGGUGUCGUAUUUGUUCAAAGAACGAUUUUAUUUAUCGGAAGCCUCUACAUUGGCAGGCGUAGCGUUCUCGCCCCAUGCGACCAACUUCAUCAGACCGUUGGAAUAUGCAAUGGGCUUCCAGACCAACCUAGACGCUAUCACAAUGUACUUCACCCGCCUCGUUUUAGGUGUCCAGCUAGUCAUUGCCGGUGUCCAGUUACCGGGACGGUACUUGCAGACAGAAUGGAAAAGUCUGGCUCUACUCCUCGGUCCUGGGAUGGCCGCUAUGUGGCUGUCUAGUGGUUUACUGAUCUGGGGUCUUGUGCCUAAUAUGUCGUUCAUCGAGGCCCUGGCGGUUGGCGCAUGCGUUACACCGACUGAUCCUGUGUUGUCCAAUUCUAUUGUAAAGGGCAAGUUUGCGGAUAAAAAUAUUCCGCGUCCUUUGCAGCGUAUCAUCAUUGCUGAGUCUGGUGCUAAUGAUGGACUGGGGUAUCCGUUUUUGUUUUUGGCGCUUUAUAUCAUGAAGUAUACCCAGGGUCCGGGAUUUAGUGGUGGAGGCGGCAAGGCGAUUGCCCUGUGGGUGUACGAGACGCUACUUUAUGAGAUUGUGUUGAGUGUCGUGUAUGGUGCUGCAGUUGGGUGGUUGUCCAUGAAGCUACUUCAUUGGGCAGAAGAGAAGCGUUAUGUUGACAGGGAGAGUUUUCUAGUUUUUGCCAUUUCGCUUGGUCUAUUCAUCAUGGGCACCUGUGGUCUGAUUGGCACCGACGAUUUGCUUGCAUGUUUCAUAGCCGGAAACGCAUUUACCCACGAUGAUUGGUUCCGACUCGAAACAAUGGAUGACUCGCUCCAACCAACAAUCGAUAUGCUACUCAAUUUGGCCAUUUUCGUCUGGUUCGGAACCGUUUGUCCCUGGGUGCUAUUCGCGCACAAUGAUAUCGUCCCUAUCUAUCGAUUGAUUGUCUUGGGCAUUUUGAUACUGUUAUUUCGUCGUCUACCGGCCGUGUUUGCAAUGCACAAAUACAUCCAUCAAAUCGAGCAAGUAUCUCAAGCACUCUUUGUAGGAUUCUUCGGUCCUAUUGGUGUCGGUGCUAUUUUCUAUCUGUCGGUUUGCCGUCAGUUUCUGCUGGAGGAGAUGAUUGUUGAUGGAGAGGUACGGGCUGAUGCCGCCAGGACGGCGGAGGUGACAUAUAUCGUGGUCUGGUUCUUGGUCAUUUGCAGCAUCUUCGUGCAUGGCCUCAGCGUCCCCCUCGGCAAAGCAGGUUAUUAUAUACCUCGCACAAUCUCCACGGCACUUAGCUCUGCUUCGGCAGAUCAAGAAGCGAUCCGGCUUCCCAGCAGUCUGAAUACUCACAGCAAAGCAACAGCAGAGUCACACCGUGGCCUACGAUUUUACCGAAAGCGAGGCAAAGCGCCGAGUCCUCGGGAGCCUCCCCGGAUCACAUUUCAGAUCGCUGGCUCUCAGCAGCGACAGGAAGAACGGCGAGAAGAUCAACAGGUGCAACAGCAACUCGAAGACGCUGGAGUCGCGGCUGCUGCUAAUUCGAGUGCAGAUGAAACACUGUCUCUGCAGCCGAUGAUGCCGGCUGUGCCUACUCCGGUGACGGUUCAUGAACCUAGGAGGCCGAUUAGGUUGAUGAGUGAUGAUGGGCGUGUGACGGAGACGUUGAAUGACUCUGAGUGA